CAGACACACUCGCUGCUGCCAUCCUCUCCAGUACACCGGGCCUCUCACUGCGCGGAUUUCGCUUGGACUUUAGCGCUUUCUUGAUCGGACCGAAGUUUAUCCCGGUGCGUGCCCCGUUCGAGCCCAACCUCCCCGUGUGUCCACAUCUCCAGCUCCGGGCGGGAGGAACUCGCCGUCGACCCGCCAUGUUUCUCGCACUUGUGGUGACACCAGAACUGAGGCAGUUUCUGGCCCGGGCCAGAGGAGGAGCGGUGCGCCUCAUCAAGGUGUGCAUCCAAGACGAGCAGCUGGUGUUGGGGGCCUACAGAGAGCCGGAGCAGAGCUGGGACCAGGACUACGAUCACUUCCUGCUUCCCCUCCUGGACGAGCGGGCGCCAUGCUACCUCCUCUACCGCCUGGACUCCCAGAAUGCACUGGGGUACGAGUGGAUCUUCAUCUCCUGGUCUCCUGAGGACUCACCAGUCAAACAGAAGAUGCUGUACGCCGCCACUCGGGCCACGGUGAAGAAAGAGUUCGGCGGAGGCCACGUGAAGUAUGAGCUGUUCGGCACCGCAGAGGAGGACGUCUGCCUGCUGGGCUACCAGCGUCACGUGUCCUCGUGCUCGGGUCCCGCCCCGCUCACGCCAGCAGAGCAGGAGCUCCAGAGGAUCAAGAUCACAGAGGGUCGAGUUAAACAGGUGAAGACAGAGAUCAGCGUGGAGAGCAAGCAUCAGACCCUCCAGGGUCUGGCCUUCCCUCUGCAGGAGACGGCCAGACAGGCCCUGCAGCAGCUCGCUCAGAAACGCGUCAACUACAUUCAGCUGAGGCUGGACGUAGAGAAGGAAACCAUCGAGCUGGUCCACUGUAACCCCACAGAAACCCGAGAUUUACCCAGCAGAGUCCCCAAAGACACGCCCAGAUACCACUUCUUCCUUUACAAGCACUCCCACGAAGGAGACUACCUGGAGUCUGUCGUGUUCAUCUACUCCAUGCCCGGAUACAGCUGCAGCAUCAAGGAGCGAAUGCUUUAUUCCAGCUGCAAGAGUCGACUACUGGAGGAGGUGGAGAAGGAUUACCACCUGGAAAUUAAUAAAAAGCUGGAGAUCGACGACGGAGACGAGCUGACGGAACAGUUUCUGUACGACGAGGUUCAUCCCAAGCAGCACGCCCACAAACAGGCCUUCGCCAAGCCCCGGGGGCCGGCGGGGAAGAGGGGCCACAAGCGCCUCAUCAAGGGGACGGGAGAGAACAUGUAGGACAGCUGGAGGAGGACUCGGGUCCUCCUGGAGGUGUGUCUGUCCUCCCGUUUCACCUUCAGACCCUCUGACGCCUCCAUGAUGUUUGCUACUGAAACACUUGUGAUUUAUCUAACAAACUUGAUUUUAAUGUAAAUGUUCUGAUAGACUGUGUUCAAUCUGUCUGAAACACACGUGAAAAAAAACUUAAUUUAUGUUGUAAUCUCCUUUUUUUUGUCAUUCUGCAGUAUGUAACAGUAGGAAAGACUUGUAAAUGCACAGUGAGUCCU